CCGCCACUCCACCCACCCCUGCCUUGCUCCUCACCGCUGCUCUGUCCCUGCACGCCGCCGCUGCCGCCGCUGCCGCCGCCGGGAAACGGUUCUUCCGCGGGGCCCUCGAGCGGGGUGGAGGGGGCGGGCACGCCGUAGGGCGGGCUCUUCUCACCCCAGUGCAGGUUGCGGCUACCGGGGAUGUCUGGGGGAGUGGUCACCCAAUGGCUCAGGUCCGACCCGGAGCCGAAGGACCUUGCAGGGAAAGCGCCGCCAAAGCCCUGCUCAUCUCGGGCACCGCCUCGAUAGCCCAAGCCAUCGAAUCCGUCAGGGCGCCGCGGGUGCAUUGCAGACGGGGCAGGAUGAGGCGAGCCCCUUGGGAGCCCACCACCACUAGGGCCACCACGACGUCCGGCCACACGGCUUCUUCGUCGCCGGCGCCGCGUCGGGGGAAAUCUGACAACCGGAAGUCACUUUGCAAACCCGGAAGUUUGGGGAACACGUGAUCUUAGCCUUUUCCGGUGGUCUGGAGAGGAACGGUUGCUAGGGAGACGUGGCCGCAACCUGGCGCCAAGACUUGAAACUGUCGCUGUUUGGGGGCGGUGGGGCGAUGACUGUGGGUUAUUGGUACACGUACAGAGAUGCCUUAAAGGAAUUGGAGUGGGAGGACGGCCUGGAUGAGCGGAAGUCGAAUAAAGACGUUUGUUUUAUCGAAGGACCACCGCGUCGUUGGAGCUGACUCCCUGAGAUUCCAGCCAGAAAUGCCCUGCUGCACCCCAUGGCCUCAGAUCUAGGUCUUUUCUUUUCCUUAUUGGUCUAGUGCCUCACCCGCUGCAAGACAGCUCUUGGAGGUUUCAGUUUCCUGCACUUUUCAUUUUCCCACAGUAAACUGCAGGCCUGAAGCAGAUGAUCCUCCUUCACAAGGAUACUCAGAAGACCAAUAGUUGCCUAAUGCUACGUCACAACGCCUACGUCAUUUAUAUCACUUUAUCUCAUCAUUUAGGCAUUUAUCAUCUCAUAUCCUCCCAAAAGGAAGUGAGAAUCUGUGCCAAGUUGCAGAUGAACUGCGAAGCGCUCAGACAGCUUGCUGGAGCCCUUGUAAGAGCUGAAACAUAUCUCUCCAAUGUGAAAACAUUUUUUAUUUUGCUGCCCCACAUAAAUCUUUAGAUUUAAGGUAUAUGAUCUGUGAAGAUGCCUGUCAAUAAAUCACCCAUGAUUAAUAAAUUAGGAGUGAUAUCUUCCUCUUAUCAUGAAAAACUCUUAAGGUUGAAUUUACAAAAUUUAAGGGAAGAAAGGAGUAAUAAAUCAAAGCCAUCAUUUUCUAUCACAAAAGAAUUCAUCUUGAGAUUUAAUCAAACAAAAAAUCCAAAAGAGAAGGAAGAAUUGUUGGACCUAGCUAGAAAAAACAUUUUCAGAUGUAAGAGAAAAUUGGGUCUCAAAACCUUGGGCUCUGGGAAGCAUGUUCAUCUCCCUACGGCAUGGGUGGAGGUAAUCUACCUGGCUCAAUGCAAGGGAGAAAUCCAAGAUGAAGCUUUAAAUAUGCUUUAUGCUUCCCUGGACCAUGCUUCCUUUGAUUAUGAUCAUCUGCCUGCAUUAUUUUUUGUUGCGGAAUCAGUUUUAUAUAGACUCUGUUGUGAUGCAUUCCAAAAGGCAUACUUAUAUUCAGUUGAAAUAAAGCUGAUAAAGAUUGGCUAUUUGGUCUUUUUACGACUUUUUAUAUAUUUCCUGCAUGGUCACCUAGGAAGCUUUAAACAACAUUUACUUAGGCUUCAACCAUAUUUAUACGCACUUUCUUUCUCUGGAGGGUCAUAUUGCAACUAUCCAAACAUCUUGUCAAAUACUCAAUUCAUUCAGAAAACCAUGGAAAUAAUAUGUAAAAGAGAACUCCCUUCUGGAUCAAAUUUUAGCCCUGUAGAAAAAAAGGAAACCAGUAAGAACAUAGAUUCGGAUAUGGAACAUUUGCGAAUUAAUCAGGAAGGACUUGAAGUUAACCACCUGCUCUGGCACUGUGUGGCUGCCUGGUCAUGUGUUCAGAAGAAUAGUCCUCAGUUGAAUAAGGUGCUUGAACAUCUCAUCUUUCAUAAAAUGCAGCUUCAAAAGAAAUGCUGGUUGGAUUCAACACUGGCUUUGUUGGUCCUUGGAGAGGCUGCCAAAUUAAAUAUGGCCUGCUUGAAAGCUUUAAUGGAAUUAAUGAGAGAUUUUCUUUUAAGCAUUAUGUCUGUUCAAAAUCAGGAAGAAAGCUGCAAGGUAGAUGAUACUUCCUCGGCCUGGAAUAUUGUCUGCAUAUACACAACAGUUCUUGCAGAAAUCUGCUUGUAUGCAGCCACUUCUAAUUUGAGAAAAACCGCUUUUAUUGGUUUCUGUGUCUGUACAAGCUCACAAAAAGACACUUUACUCAUGGAUAAAUCAGAAGAACCACCCGAAUUGAAGGAAACAAGUAUUUUAGGUCUUUUGGACUAUUUCUCUUCAAAAAUGUCAGAUAAUUGUGAUCAAGUCACAUGGAUUGGAUACUAUGGCAUAGUGUAUAACCUGGUGAAAAUGUUAUGGGAACUUCAGGGAGAUGAUGAGCAGGAUGGAUUCAGAAAUAAAAUAUGGCAAACAUUACAGAAAACAAAGGAUCAUGAGAAAGACAGUCGAAUCCAUAAUGCAGUAACUAUUGCUCAGGCUGAGUUAAAUGGCCCAACAGAUCCCUUCACUAAUUAUAGUGCGAAAGUCUCAUCAAAUGUAGGGGAUGAAAUUUUCUCUAAAUUCAUAGGAUGGAGAAUUGCCGCUGCGCUUUCCAAACUGUUCUUCCCCUCCACCGAAGCCUAUGCUCUUCCUUUGAAAAAACCAUUGCAAAAACGGGAUCAAAUGAAAUAUCUGAACACAAAGGAUUCCAUGAAGAGGAGGGUUGUACGUUUUACUCUAAGGGAACAUCCUUUCUCAGAACUUCCCCUGUUUUCUUAUCCGGAUUUCUUCACCAGAGCUGAUGAAGAGUUGGCACAAAUCAUUGACCAUCAUUGGCAGGAAGAGCUAAGGAUCCGACAGAAGGAAGAUGAAAUAUGUGAGGCCCAAGAACGUAAAGACAAAGAGUUAGAGGAAGAAAAACACUUCAGAGAAAUUAUGAAGAGAAGAGAAGAAAAACUACACAAGCAAACCAAACCCUACGAGCUUCCUCCUAGGACUGAAGUAAUUUCAUUAGAAAUAAAAUGACCCCCCCCCCCACCCAAAAUUGAAGUCCAAAAUGCCAGAAAUUCAUUGCAUGAAAGAGACUAUGAGAGUUAGAUGUUAGGAAACUUUCCUUCUAAUUAAUUGGAGGCCAUUUCUUAGGAGUUGUUAACCUGGUACAGACUCUUUAAUAGUUGUAUCUUAGUCCCAAAUUAGCUGCUCUUAAUCACAUUUGAGUGAACUGAUUUUACUAAACUUUUUCAAGAAUACAGCUAGAGCUUUUCCUAAUUGACUUUUUUUCUUGUGAUCAUACAGCAUAUUUAUUCAAUGGUUCUAGAGUAGUGAUUUUUCAGUGGACAGUCAGAGAUGAAAAGCAAUUUAUUGAAGAGUCACACUUAAGAAUUAUUUCUUGAAAAUAGAAUGAGCACCAACUGAUACUCCUAUAUUAACUAUUAUACAAAUAAAAGAAGUAAGGCACUUGCUUGGA